AGGGCGCGUCUGGGGCGUGUGCGCCCGACUCCAGGGGCACCCGUGAUCUGUGGGUCCCGCGUGCAAAGCCUGGGCCGAGCCCGGGGCGCAGGAGAGAGAGCGAGUCCGAUUCAGGAAGUCGAGUCUCUGACAUCAGGGCAGGACGGAGUCGGAGUGAAACCUCAAAAAUGCGAGGCGUGGGCCAACCAGAGGGCAGGGAACACAGAGGGCGCCCUUCUCCCGACGAGCGGCAGGUACGUGCGGCGCGGGGCGGCCCCCGCUGACCGCUCCCCUCCGGACCUAGCUCCGCGUGGGGCGCGCAGGGUCUUCGGGAAGGAAACCUGGACCUUGCCCCUGGUCCCCGAUCGCUGUCAGACGGGCAGCCCCGGUGGAUCCCUGGCUUCCGCGCCUGCAGGAAGCCCGCCCGUGGACUGAAAGAUUUUCCCCCAUUUUGGAGAUGAAGAAACUGAGGACCAGAGCAACCGAAUGACCUUCCCAAGUAUAUGCUGAGGAAGUCACAGGUGCUAUCAGUGGCAGGCCCAAACCCUAAGCUGGAAGAGGAAUAAAUUACAAGUGGGCAAGACUGCAUCCUCUUGAGUCCAGAACUUGCUAGUGAGCUGAGAGGGUCCUCUGGCCCCAGUCUAGCCAAGCACGAUGGAGAAAAUCACCUCUUUCUUUAGUGCCAUCUGGGAGAUCAUCUCAAGCAAACACCAACAGGGCCUCUUCAACACCAUCUGCCUGGGCGUCCUCCUGGGGCUGCCACUCCUGGUGGCCAUCACACUCCUCUUUAUCUGCUGCCAUUGCUGCUGGAGCCGGGCAGGCAAGAGUGGCCGACAGCCGGAGCGAAACAAGGGGAAGAAGAAGAAGAAGAAGAAGGCUGAAGAAGAUCUCUGGAUCUCUGCUCAGCCCAAGCUUCUCCAGAUGGAGAAGAGGCCAUCACUGCCUGUCUAGUUAGGCAGGAAGCAGAGAUGUCCUCCUUCAGGGGUUAAGCUGCCUUCCAGCUACACACGGGGUGGGGAGCAGCACCCCCUGAAGUGAUGCACUCACGUCCACAGAGGAACUACUCAACCAAGGGACAAACUUCAGACUGAGUGUCCCCAUGGAGGGCACUCCUGGGGAGCACAUGGACAGUUCUUGGGCACUGUCUUGGCAGCUAUGUGUCCAAUAGCAAUACUCUUGACUACAGACUCAGGCAUGCCUUACACCCAUCUCUGGCAUACUCCGUAUGCAAAAGCACAAGGAACAUUUAUCCCUGCAUCUUGACAUGUCUCCCAAAUGCACACCAUGCCCAUCACACACACACGCACAAAUUCAGACAACAGGUACCUGGGAAAGUAUAUUCUGUUCAUAAAAUGGUCAUCAAAUGUCUGCUUUGUGCAAGGCCCUGAGCAAGGCAGUACAUUAUCUGCUCUUGCAAACAUCUCACAGGAAGGCCUGGCCAGAUUCGAGCACACAGGCACAAUUAUAUAACCAGGCAAGGUGCCUAUGCACUGUCUAUUCCAUACACCACUCAGGUUAGAGAGGUGCGCUUUCCUAUUACUAUCCCUACAUGACCUUUUAGUGGAAAUCUUCAUAUUUGGACACUCCAGCAACCUGGUACAGUCCCCAUCCCAGUAUUUUGAUAUAGACACACCAAGUUCCUCUGCUUCUGACCUCUCGCCUGGGAGGAAAAGUUUAAUGUGUGAUGGGUCAAAAUUCAUUGAAAGCUGUUGUCUGCAACUUAUGACAAAGUCCUCAUUACCACUGAUCGGUAUUUAAUGUGGUCCAAGACGUCUCUCUGAGAUGCUACCCUCAGAACCACUCAGCGAGGUGCCCUUCUCCAAUCAAGAACAAACAGCUCUUGGUAGUGACUGCUGGAAAGCUAUGGAAACCAACUGUACUCCAUUCGCUUCAGUGGACUACAAUUGUGUACCUGUGCAACGUAUGUUUUACAGAUGGAAAGGAGAGGCUACACCUGAGCUAGGUAUCUCCUAUGUAACCAAAGGUUUGAGUAGGGAAGGAAUUAAGGCAAUCACCGGUACAGUCUCAUAGAAGACACACUGGAAACAAUUUCAUAGGGUUGUAAUGGGUGCCUGGUAUGUUGCAAAUGGAAUGCCAAAGUUCCAGAGUUUAAAUGAAAGUAGGAUGAAGCUAUAUAGAGGUUUAUUAAUAUUUAUCUUUAAGCUCAGGCAAGUGCCUUGCACACGGCUAGUACUCGUAACCGUCUGUGGAUGCUGUGGGAUACGUGAUGAUGCAAGGCUAAACUUGCAAUACCUCGCCAUGUCCCCCAAGUGACCUUCUCUUCUAAGUGAGCCCAAUAAUUGCUGCAACAGAUGGAAGUUGGGUGUUGAAUUCUGCAGGAGGGUGCAUGCACAGCCAAGGGUCUGGUUGACAAGUGUGCCUUGAGGUCCGCUAGGACAGGUAAACUAGAUCUGCAGUGAAUUGAGGAGAGCACCUCCCCACUGGGCAGAGUUAAUCCACUGGUAUGAUGAGCUGGUUGGUGUUUCGAUUGUAUUGUCACCAUACACAAUACAAUCUUAUUACAAAGAUAAAUAAUCCCCACCUUGGGGGCAGGUUGUGCUCUGAAAGUCCCUUUGCAAAUCUGCUGGGUAGCACUCUUGAAAUAUUUUCCCACGGAAGCUGUUCUCACUGGUGGCGAAAUUGCUAUUUAAUUAAUAAUGCUAAACUAUGAUAUUUAUAGAAAAAACUAAAAUCUAUAAGAUUAUGUUAAUGGAAAAAUAUACUCUAUUUGCUCACUUGGGCUACCUGGUACUCACCUGCCCUCCAGGUGUACUCCAGGCCCAUGGAGGGUGGGCGUCUGACAGUAACUGCUGCACCAAGGUCUUCUAACAGGUGACCCUGUGAAUUAUAACUCAGGCCUACAUAUGAUUGAGAAAAAGUCAUGUUCACCCUCUCACCCCGAGUGGCCCUAAAUACCUUGGGCACUCAGGCCCCUCACUCAUACACCCCUUUGACCAGAGAAAGCAGCACCCUCUGAUUCUCUGUCCCCUUGUCACAUGGUGAGCUUGUCAUGGAGCAUCUGGCUGUCCCCUUCACAUCACAGGAUGACUAGUUGUCCCCCCACGUAUACUGCUGCCACCAGGACGAGUUGCCCUUCCUGGCUCCAACUUUCAGUGCCCCUAAAAUAGAUGACUUGGGGGAGACAUGGAGGCUGACAGCUGACACUGGUGUCAGAUAUGAUCUAGGAGAGCAGAUCACCGGGGUCAGGGACCGCACCAGUAACAUGGUCGCCAUGGCAACUGGCUGCUGGUUUGAAUUAAGACAGCAGUCAGUUGUCAUUGCUGUGACAAGGCCUCUGUCUCCAGGUGCAGUGCCCUGCUGUCCCCUAAUCAAAUGGACUUGCUCUACCUCCGGGCAUGAAACCCCCAGAAACGCCCUUCUCAGUCGCUUCCACAGCCUAGGACCCAGGAGACUCAAACCCUGAAUGAGACUUACCUUUUCCCCACCCAGACCUCUUCUGGCAACCUUCAUGGGGUGCCUACAACAGUGCCAGGUGCAUGACAGGCCCUCAAGUUUGUGCUGAAUAAAUGGGUGCAUGAAAGGAUCCCAAGGCAAUUAUUGGAGUCCACUCCCUCUCCCACUUCAUUCUCAUCUUUGUCCCCCAUGUUUUAUUCUCCUCUGGUUCCCUCCUCUCCUGGCACCACCCUGGCUCCAUCCCUUUAUUUCAGUCCAUUUUUACUCCUUCUUCCCAGCCUCUGUCCCAGAACUGCCACUGGCAAUGGGGGGCCUCAUGACUGGAGCCUGCUUGGGAGGUUUAAGCCAAUGGAUGGCAGAAAGAAUUGUAAAGAAGCAGCUUCCUAAACCAGCAGAGGCUUGGGGAGGAGGCGCCAGGCCCGGGAUUCUGAACAGCUUCAGCCAAACUUGGCCACCACAGUCUUUUCCCCACUGCUCAAUGGAUUUGCUUUUUUAUUUCCUGGGGGGAGGGAGAGGGGAAGCUGUAGAGAAAGGGCAGUCACCUUGUUUCAAGAAGAAUAUAAAUGGUCCAAGUUGUAUAGUAUUUGUCAGUAUUUUUUUUCUGGAAAAUUCAAACACACCGAAAGAAAAACUUAUUUAAAUAAAAUACUUUGAAAAUAAAAAGCCA